AUGGCUUUCAAUGCCUUGACCUCAGAGAAGCCAAAUGCAGUAUGCAUGCCAUUCCCAGCUCAAGGCCACAUAAACCCAAUGCUAAAACUAGCCAAACUCCUCCACUUCAAAGGCUUCCAUAUAACCUUUGUCAACACUGAGUUCAUCCACAAACGCCUACUUAAAUCCCAAGGCCCCAACUCUCUCAAUGACCUCCCCACUUUUCGUUUCGAAACAAUCCCCGAUGGCCUGCCUCCAGCUGAUGCUAAUGUUGCUGCCCAACAUAUGCCGUCCCUCUGCCAAUCCAUUAGGAAACACUGCUUACAACCCUUCAGAGGCCUUCUUUCGAAGCUCAACUCUUCGCCGAAUUCGCCUCCGGUUACUUGUGUAGUUUCUGAUGGCAUCAUGAACUUCAGUCUCGAUGCAGCCCAAGAACUCGGAAUUCCGGGUGUUAUUUUCUGGACAACCAGUGCUUGUGCCUUCAUGGGCUACAUUCAGUAUGGACCUCUCAUUCAAAAGGGUUUAGUUCCUCUUAAAGAUGCCAGUUACUUGGCAAAUGGGUAUUUAGAUACUGUGAUACAUUGGAUACCUGGAAUGAAAAGUAUCCGAUUGAAGGACAUCCCAAGCUUCAUUAGAACAACAGACCCAAAUGACCCGAUUCUGGAUUUAAUUAUG